GGCUGAGUCAAAUUGGUCGAAAAUAGAAAAAUAUGGCUGCAAACGCUCUCUCGAAAUUCUCCCGUGUAUUUGGUCGCAAGUCGGCAGUAGUCAUCGGAAUGAUUCACGUGCAAGCACUACCAGGAACACCCAGGAAUCACCUAUCUAUGACUGAAAUAGUAAAUAUGGCACGCACUGAUGCAACAAACUAUAAAAAUGCUGGAGUGGAUGCUAUUUUGAUGGAGAACAUGCAUGAUAUUCCAUAUCUAAAUCGACAUGUUGGACCAGAAAUUGUUGCAGCCAUGAGUGUGGUUUGCAGUGAAGUCCGAAGAGUGGUGAAUAAUUUACCGUGUGGUAUUCAGAUAUUGGCUGGGGCAAACAAGGAGGCACUGGCUGUAGCAAAAGCAGCAGACCUGCAAUUUAUUCGUGCAGAAGGAUUUGUUUUUUCACACAUUGCAGAUGAAGGCACAAUGAAUUCUGAUGCUGGUGAACUACUUAGGUACAGGAAACAAAUUGGGGCAGAUAAGAUUUUAGUUUUCACUGAUAUCAAGAAAAAGCACAGUUCCCACUUUAUAACAUCUGAUGUGGAUAUUCUGGAAGUGGCUCAAGCAGCAGAGUUUUUCCUCUCAGAUGGAGUGAUACUGACAGGAAAAGCAACAGGUGAAGCCACAAGCUUAAAAGAAAUGCAGUAUGCCAAAGAAUCAGUGAACAUUCCUGUUUUGAUUGGUUCUGGGGUGGAUGAUAAUAACAUAGAACAAUAUCUUGGUGCAAAUGCAAUGAUCAUUGGUUCAUACUUCAAGGAGGAUGGCCAUUGGACAAAUCCAGUGAGUUUUAAAAAGGUUCAUGCCUUCAUGGCUAAAAUUGAGAGAAUGAGAAAAUGAUGAUAAAUUGAAAUAAUAUUCCUUAAAAUAUUUUAGCAGCU